GCGACUUUCGCACCUAGAAGCCAUGGGUUCCUGAUCGAAGACAUUUCUUUUCCCAACCCCCCAUUCCAAACAGCGCAAAUGUCUUCGACACGGAUAUCACCAAUUUUGGAGGCGUGGUACAAGUGGAAGUCGCUCAGACUGCCAUGGCGCAAACGCUUCCUCGUCGGCCGUGACCUGCAGGGCUACACUUUCUGGGAGUUUCGAGAGUCCCGUGGAAACGGUCCCGGCCGCUUCCGCCGCAUCGUCAACUAUCCCCGAUCAACCUACCUCUCCGACGUGAAGGUGUCGCCGCUGUGGCAUCAAUGGCUGCGCUACACCAGAGAAGACCCCCCGACACUCGAGGAACAAACAAGAGAGGCAUUCCGACAGGAGCGGAUGAAAGUCUUGUCCGCGCAGGCCGACGCGAGAUGGGAGGCAAAGCCUAGGCUUACCGAUGCCCCAGGUCAACAGACCGGUCAACCUCUGCCGUCUAUGAACACUGCGCAGUCACAGCCCACAGCGCUAGAGCUGGAAGCGGCAAAUACGAAUGCGAAGACGACAGAACCGCCAAAGGAGGAGGCUAAACCUGCGACUGAUGCGAAGAAGAAAUAUGGCAAGGACCCUUGGGCGAAAGCCAGUGGACCAAGCGAGGGCUGGCAGCCUGAAGCUUGGGUGCCGCCAUCAGGAAAGAAAUAAUGACUUGAAAGACGGCAUGCAAACUGUGUAUUACUAGACGCCGGAAGGAAUCUCCGCACAUGUACCAACAAUAAUUUGAAACCGGACCCGGCUGUCGAGUCCAUGAUGUCGGCAUCGGUACCGUUGGCUCAGAA